AGUGUCGUUGAUCGAGUUUGCUCGGCAUCGGCUGGCAAAGCGUUGUUUACUUAUGAAUAUGCACCCCUGCAACUUUCAGAAUCUAAUCGAGAGAGCGAACAUUUUUUCGAUUAUGUUGUUGUGUGUGAGUCGGAGUUAAUUUACUUCCAAAUUUCACGGCUGUGACCCUCUAGUACCUAGGGCCUUUGUGAUAAGCCUAAGUCAAACAGCGAAAAUGGUAAUCUCAAUCCGUUCAACGGAUUCGUCUCCAAACCGUCGGCGCGCCGCACGCAAUUUUCUCAUUCCCAGAAUGGGCCGACAAACAUCUUGUGAUGCGGGUAUUUCUCUCGAAGUAUAGUUCGAUAUUCUCUAGUCCUGCAUGUCGGGUUUCCGUCCGUUCCUGCACGAGUUCAGCCCCAACGACAUCUGCGCCCACUGCUGCCAACCGAAUUUGAACGGCUGCGAAGCGCGGGUGACGCCGUUCGAGUGGUUUUCGUACCAGGUGUGGAACAAAUCCGCCCUGGACCGCUUCAAGGUGAAUUUGAAAAAGACUUUUGGAGGCGUGAAUCGCCUGCAGAUCUGCGAGAACGUGCACUGCGACCAUCCAGUUCUCGGGUGUGGGUGGGUCUCGGCCGGGAAGACGCAGUUUCGGUGUGCGGCUUGCGGGGAUUUGAGCCGAGCGAAUUCCGUGGCGGACACUACCGGUAGCGCGGUUGCAGACGCAGCGAAGAAGGAGGAAGUAAAAGUCGUGGGCUGCGGGAACGACAUGCGCUACGCAAACCAGUCGAGGGCCGAACAGUUCUCAGACUUCUUUGAACAAUAAAGUUUGGAUUUUUAUUUCGUAGUCUCUGCCCGGGUUUCAGUUUGAAGUCGAACUUUUGAAAGAUGUCACUGCGAAGGUUUCGAUCAUUCCACCGAUCGCGAAUUUAUGUGCAAGGAUGACAGCCAUAGACGGCACGGUGGCUCCGACGACUUGCUGAACUUGAAGAUUUCUUUCAUUUUGCAACCGAGUAAAAAUGAUAAGUAAGAGAUGAUGGCACUUUCCAUGAGUAAUUUCUAAUCAGGCACGUUCCGUAUCCGUGCAGUUUCAGUAAACCCACAACGCCGUGUCUCUGCUCCAGCAGCAACUUACAUUUGUGUCUUUGAUCAUCACAGACACAGCGAAAAGUGUGAUGCAUUCAAGAAGAUCCAAGACCAAGUGUGACUGUGAGGGUACAUCGGACUCAAUCGUAGUGCGUAAGAUCACCACUGAUAAAAAUGAAUUUGGUGGAUCCACCCAUAGUUGUCGUGGAGGAUCUGGAAUGCUUACAGUAGUAUCUUCCUUGUUUUCAUUGCGCCUACUGUACUAGCAGUCCGGCACUGGCGCUUGGACUGUUCAGUGGAAAAGUAUGUAGGCUGCGAUCCUUUUCCUUGCGCGCUCCCGGUAGGAGCAGCCAGGGCGACAAAAAAAACUUCGGGCGACAAAGAUGCGCAGGUGCAUUACGUACUCCUGGGUCUGCGCAUUGUCCGCUCCAACCUUUCACGGGUUGCAGCUACACCGGGCAGAACCGGAUCCAGUACCCCCACCAGCAAACGAAACAUUGCCAUUUAUCCCCGAGGGUCUCCCGUCCGACGACAUUCGCUUCGGCCGGGGGUAAGUGCGUUCCUUUCAUCGCGUGCAUCGCUCUGGUUUUUUGUUUGCAAGAUAUUUUCUCAGUCUCUUCGUCUUCUGUUUAGACUUCGAUUGGCGUUGCUGCUGCUGCUGCAACUGUGACACGACCCACCGUGAAAUUCAAUUUGUCCUUCAGCAACGCAACGUUACCUGCGCCGAGUGGCCCGCCCGAGUCCGGUCCAGCCCCACCUCCAAAUGACCCAGUAGCGCCAUUGCCAAACUUUCGCGAUAUUGGUGUCGGAGAAGAGCAUUUGGAAGUGUUGAAGCUCCCACCGGAAGUGGAACCCUAUCCGCCUCCCGAGGAGGAAGCAGCAGAAGACGGUGCGGCUGCUAGUACCGCGUGACUCGAUGAAAUAGCUUUUUGUUUUCUUUUCCGGUUGUGAUUGUUUGAACCUGCGUGGCGCUUAAGAGACGGGGAUACUUGCAGUUUUGCAAGAGAAUUUGUCGUAGAGUUCUAAAUAACUUUGCACGAAGAUGAAAUAGCAAUUAAGAGUUGUAGUUUGCUCGUCCUCGUAGGAUAGACACGAGGCGAACAACUGGAAGUUGCCUGAUCACGACUUCGUUGCCUCGAGUGGGUUGCGAUUCGAUAUCUGGUUCUGGAGCGACCGUGGGAGCGCAUUAAGUUUGGUUUGGUACUAAGCACCAGGGAGGCGACGGUCACGAG